UAUGGCGGGUACAUGUCUCCUGAAUAUGCAAUGGAAUGGCGAUUUUCAGAGAAAUCAAAUGCCUUCAGCUUUAGAGUGUUGUUACUCGAGAUUGUUAGUGGAAGAAGAAAUUCUAGCUUUUAUGAUGAUGAGCAAGAUAUGAGCCUUCUAGGAUUUGCAUGGAAAAUGUGGAAUGCAGACAACAUUGUGGCCUUAACAGACCCAAUAAUACGUGAACCAUGCUUUGAAAUGGAAAUUUUGAGAUGCAUAUGUGUUGGGCUGCUGUGUGUUCAAGAAUUUGUUAAAGAUAGGCCAAGUGUAUCCAUUGUUAUUUCCAUACUUAAAAGUGAGAUUAUUGAUCUACCUCUUCCAAAGCAACCUGCAUUCACCGAAAGAGAUAUUGCCCCAAAUGCUAGCUCCUGUCAACCCAACCCAAGUAUAAGUAAAUGCUCUGUUAACAAUGUUACUGUUACAAUGGUUCAAGGCCGAUAG